GGUUGGCAGGUUUGCGUGGCCCUCCGCGGUUGCCGGCGCCGGCUCAGCCCGCCGACGCCACGUCCCGUCGUUGCGGCUCGUUCCUGGGAAGUUACGUGUGGAAGCUGCUCGCAGGGAGCCGGCGGGCGGGCCGCGGAGGGCUCGGUGCUGCCGAGCGUUGAGCGGGCGGGCCCGUGCCGGUGGCGGGGCUGCGGCCGCCGCGCUCGGAGGGAGGUGCCGGCCUGGCGCGCCCCGCGGGGAGCCCCGGGCGGGGCUGGCGCGGCGCGGACUUUUGUCCUAGUUGAGUCCCCUCCCCGUGGGCCGGGCCUCUCCGGCGCCCCCGCCCCGCUCGCUCCCGGGAGAUGUUUAUCUGGGCAGCUGCGUGAGGAGCCGGUGGCUGGCGGCGAGGAGUCUCGGGUCCGAGGAGCGUCGUGUGGCACCGGAGAGACAAGAUGUCCGCCAGGGCCGCGGCCGCCAAGAACACAGCAAUGGAGGAAACAGCUAUAUGGGAACAACACACAGUGACACUUCACAGGGGGCGCUCUUCCGAGGAUAUGUGGGCUGCCUCCUGAGCUGCAGUGUUUUGGGCCAUCGGAAGGCUCCUGGAUUUGGAUUUGGAAUUGCAAUAUCUGGUGGAAGAGAUAAUCCUCAUUUCCAGAGUGGGGAAACCUCGAUAGUGAUUUCAGAUGUGCUUAAAGGAGGACCUGCAGAAGGGCAGCUGCAGGAAAAUGACCGAGUCGCGAUGGUUAAUGGCGUUUCGAUGGAUAAUGUUGAACAUGCUUUUGCUGUUCAGCAACUAAGGAAAAGUGGAAAAAAUGCAAAAAUUACCAUUCGAAGGAAAAAGAAAGUUCAGAUACCAGUAAGUCGUCCUGAUCCUGAACCAGUAUCUGAGAAUGAAGAAGAUAGCUAUGAUGAGGAAGUACACGACCGGAGAAGUGGCCGUGGGGGCCUGGUUAACAGGAGGAGUGAGAAGAGCUGGGCCAGGGAUAGAAGUGCAAGUCGAGAGAGGAGUCUGUCUCCACGAUCUGAUAGGCGAUCUGUGGCUUCCAGUCAACCUGCCAGACCCACCAAAGUCACACUGGUGAAAUCCCGGAAAAACGAAGAAUAUGGUCUUCGAUUGGCCAGCCAUAUAUUUGUAAAGGAAAUUUCACAAGAUAGUUUGGCAGCAAGAGAUGGCAAUAUUCAAGAAGGCGAUGUUGUAUUGAAGAUAAAUGGUACCGUGACGGAAAAUAUGUCAUUGACAGAUGCAAAGACAUUGAUAGAGAGGUCUAAAGGCAAGUUAAAGAUGGUAGUUCAGAGAGAUGAGCGGGCUACCCUGCUGAAUGUCCCUGAUCUUUCUGACAGUAUCCACUCUGCUAAUGCCUCUGAGAGAGAUGACAUUUCAGAAAUUCAGUCACUGGCAUCAGAUCAUUCCGGUCGAUCACACGACCGGCCUCCCCGUCACAGCCGAUCACGAUCUCCUGACCAGCGGUCAGAGCCUUCUGACCAUUCUAGACAGUCUCCACAGCAGCCGAGCAAUGGCAGUCUCCGGAGCAGAGAGGAAGAGAGAAUUUCUAAACCCGGGGCUGUCUCAACUCCUGUAAAGCAUGCAGAUGAGCACACACCUAAAACAGUGGAAGAAGUUACAGUUGAAAGAAAUGAGAAACAAACACCCAGUCUUCCAGAACCAAAGCCUGUAUAUGCUCAGGUUGGACAGCCAGACGUGGAUUUACCUGUCAGUCCAUCUGAUGGCAUCCUGCCUAAUGCAACUCAUGAAGAUGGGAUUCUUCGGCCCAGCAUGAAAUUAGUAAAAUUCAGGAAAGGAGAUAGUGUGGGUUUGCGGCUGGCUGGUGGAAAUGAUGUUGGAAUAUUUGUAGCUGGCGUUCUUGAAGAUAGCCCUGCUGCCAAAGAAGGCUUGGAAGAGGGUGAUCAGAUUCUCAGGGUAAACAAUGUAGACUUCACAAAUAUCAUAAGAGAAGAAGCUGUCCUUUUUCUACUUGACCUCCCAAAAGGAGAAGAAGUGACCAUAUUGGCUCAGAAGAAGAAGGAUGUUUAUCGUCGCAUCGUAGAAUCAGAUGUAGGAGAUUCUUUCUAUAUUAGAACCCAUUUUGAAUAUGAAAAGGAAUCUCCUUAUGGACUUAGUUUUAACAAAGGAGAGGUGUUCCGUGUUGUGGAUACUUUGUACAAUGGAAAACUGGGCUCUUGGCUUGCUAUUCGAAUUGGCAAAAAUCAUAAGGAGGUAGAACGAGGCAUCAUCCCUAAUAAGAACAGAGCUGAGCAGUUAGCCAGUGUACAGUACACACUUCCAAAGACGGCAGGAGGAGACCGUGCCGACUUCUGGAGAUUCCGAGGUCUGCGUAGCUCCAAGAGAAAUCUGCGCAAGAGCAGAGAAGAUUUGUCAGCUCAGCCGGUUCAGACAAAGUUCCCAGCAUAUGAGAGAGUUGUUCUUCGAGAAGCUGGAUUUCUGAGGCCUGUAACCAUCUUUGGACCAAUAGCUGAUGUUGCCAGAGAAAAGCUGGCCAGGGAAGAACCAGAUAUUUAUCAGAUUGCAAAAAGUGAACCUCGAGAUGCUGGAACUGACCAACGAAGCUCUGGCAUUAUUCGCCUUCAUACAAUAAAGCAAAUAAUAGAUCAAGAUAAACAUGCUUUAUUGGAUGUAACACCAAAUGCAGUUGAUCGUCUGAAUUACGCCCAGUGGUAUCCAAUUGUAGUAUUCCUUAACCCUGAUUCUAAGCAAGGUGUGAAAACAAUGAGGAUGAGGUUAUGUCCAGAAUCUCGGAAAAGCGCCAGGAAAUUAUAUGAGCGGUCUCAUAAACUACGUAAAAAUAAUCACCAUCUUUUUACAACUACAAUUAAUUUAAACUCAAUGAAUGAUGGUUGGUAUGGUGCAUUGAAGGAAGCAAUUCAGCAACAACAGAACCAGUUGGUGUGGGUUUCUGAGGGAAAGGCGGAUGGUGCUACAAGUGAUGACCUUGAUUUGCAUGAUGAUCGUCUGUCCUACCUGUCAGCCCCAGGUAGUGAAUACUCAAUGUAUAGCACGGACAGUAGACAUACUUCUGACUAUGAAGAUACAGAUACAGAAGGCGGGGCCUACACUGAUCAAGAACUAGAUGAGACUCUUAAUGAUGAGGUGGGGACUCCCCCGGAGUCUGCCAUUACACGGUCCUCUGAGCCUGUCAGAGAGGACUCCUCUGGAAUGCAUCAUGACCACCAGACAUAUCCUCCUUACUCACCACAAGCGCAGCCACAGCCAGUUCAUAGAAUAGACUCCCCUGGACUUAAAACAGCCUCUCAACAGAAAGCAGAAGCCUCAUCUCCAGGCCCUUACCUUUCGCCUGAAACAAACCCAGCAUCAUCAACCUCUGCUGUUAAUCCUAAUGUAAACUUAACUAAUGUCAGACUGGAGGAGCCCACCCCAGCUCCUUUCACCUCUGACUCACCACAAGCUGAUUCUUUAAGAGCACCACGCACUGAGGCAGCUCACAUAAUGCUAAGAGGUCAAGAGCCAUCAUUGUCGUCGCAUGUAGAUCCAGCAAAGGUAUAUAGGAAGGAUCCCUAUCCUGAGGAAGUGAUGAGACAGAACCAUGUUUUGAAGCAGCCAGCUGUUGUUCACCCAGGGCAGAGGCUAGACAAGGAGCCCAGUCUGAGCUAUGAGCCGCAGCCCCCAUACGCAGAGAGACAGGCCAGCAGGGACCUGGAGCAGCCUGCCUACAGAUACGACUCCUCAAACUACGCGGACCAGUUUCCUCGAAACUAUGACCAUCGUGUGCGCUAUGACGACCGCAUCCCUGCGUAUGAGGAACAGUGGUCCUAUUAUGAUGACAAACAGCCGUACCAGCCCCGGCCUUCUUUUGAUAAUCAGCACCCGCGAGACCUGGACUCCAGACAGCAUCCCGAGGAGUCCUCAGAACGAGGGUAUUUCCCACGUUUUGAGGAGCCAACCCCUCUGUCCUAUGAAAGCCGACCACGCUACGACCCGCCACUCAGGACCUCCACCCUGCGGCACGAAGAGCAGCCCGCUCCUGGGUUUGACGUGCACGGGAGGUACAGGCCAGACGCGCAGCCCUACUCCUCCACAGGCCCCAAGGCGUCCGAGCCUAAGCAGUAUUUUGACCAGUACCCACGGAGUUAUGAGCAGGCCCCGCCCCAAGGCUUCACCUCCAAAGCAGGCCCAGGCCACUACGAGCCUCUCCACGGUGCUGCCCUUGUCCCGCCCCAGCACAAGCCAGAAGUGCCGCCCGCAAGUACCAAACCACUGCCUCCACCCCCAGCUCUGGCCGAGGAAGAGGAAGACCCAGCAAUGAAGCCACAGUCAGUGCUCACCAGAGUGAAAAUGUUUGAAAACAAAAGGUCUGCAUCAGUGGAGAACAAGAAGGAUGAAAACCAUAACUCUGGUUUCAAGCCUCCAGAGGUCACGUCUAAACCUGCAGGUGCUCCCGUCCUGGGUCCUAAAGCCCCUGCUCAGAAUCAGCUCAUUGAACACGACAGAACACUGCACAGGAUCCCCGAACCGCAAAAACCUCAAAUGAAGCCGCCUGAAGACAUUGUUCGGUCAAAUCAUUAUGAUCCUGAGGAAGAUGAAGAAUACUAUCGAAAACAGCUCUCCUACUUUGAUCGAAGAAGUUUUGAGAGCAAGCCUUCUGCACAUGUCCCUGCCAGCCACCUCUCAGAGCCCGCCAAGCCGGUUCAUUCUCAGAGUCAGCCACAGUUUUCUAGUUACUCUUCCAAGGGGAAGUCUGCUGAGGCUGAAGCUGUGGACAGGCCGUUUGGGGAGAAGCGCUAUGACCCACUGCAGGCCACACCACCCCCUCCGCCGCCGCCUGCCCAGUACAGCCAGGCCGCCCAGCCUGGCCCUAGCACCACCCUCAGCCUCCACUCACACACCAAGGGGACACUCGGCGAAGGUAAUUCCAUGUCAUUGGAUUUUCAGAGCUCUUUAGUGUCCAAACCAGACCCACCUCCAUCUCAGAAUAAGCCAGCAGCUUACAGACCAGCCAACCGAGAAGAUGCUGCCCAGUCUGCUUUCUAUCCCCAGAAAAGUUUCCCAGAUAAAGCCCCAGCUAACGGGGCCGAACAGACUCAGAAAAUGAUCACUCCAGCAUACAAUCGAUUCACACCAAAACCAUAUACAAGUUCUGCGCGGCCAUUUGAACGCAAGUUUGAAAGUCCUAAAUUCAGUCACAAUCUCCUGACGAGUGAAACUGCACAUAAACCUGACUUGUCUUCCAAAGCCCCCACUUCUCCGAAAACUCUGGUGAAAGCACACGGUUCCACGCAGCCUCCGGAGUUUGACAGUGGAGUUGAGACGUUCUCUGUCCACGCAGAUAAUAAGCCUAAAUAUCAAGUAAACAGUAUCAGCACAGGGCCUAAAGCUGUGCCUGUGAGUCCCUCAGCUGUAGAAGAGGAUGAAGAUGAGGAUGGUCACACCGUGGUGGCCACUGCCCGCGGCGUAUUUAACAGCAACGGCGGGGUGCUGAGCUCCAUAGAGACCGGCGUUAGUAUAAUUAUCCCACAAGGAGCCAUACCUGAGGGGGUCGAGCAGGAAAUCUAUUUCAAGGUCUGCCGAGACAACAGCAUCCUCCCGCCUUUGGAUAAGGAGAAAGGUGAGACCCUGCUGAGCCCCUUAGUGAUGUGCGGGCCCCAUGGCCUCAAGUUCCUGAAGCCCGUGGAGCUGCGCUUACCACACUGUGCGUCCAUGACUCCUGACGGUUGGUCUUUUGCUCUAAAAUCAUCCGACUCCUCGUCGGGCGAUCCUAAAACCUGGCAAAACAAGUGUCUUCCUGGAGAUCCAAAUUAUCUUGUUGGAGCAAACUGUGUUUCUGUCCUGAUUGACCACUUUUAAUUCUUAAAAUAUAGGAACUUGGUUAAAUAAUGUGAAACUGGGUUAAACUUACUAAAUCUAAAUGGAACCACUCCAUCAAGUAUUAUACCUUUCCUAGAAUUGAUACUGCAGUGUGUUAGUAUCACACACUUUGUUUGAACUGGAGAGGCUGAGUGAACAUCCCCUGAAUCGUUCUUGAGAAACAUGCUGCCUGCUGCAUGUUGGGGGUUGGUGUUGGCUACGGGCUCCAAGAAGUGAUGCUUUGUAAUGAGUUUUGUACUUUUGUAUGGUCACUGCUUAACUUCACAUAUUGAUUUCCGUUAAAAUACCAGCCAGUAAAUGGGGUGCAUUUGAGUUCUGUUCUUUCUAAAGUACACUGUUUCAGACUUUAUUAUGGCCCUGGCCUGGCAUACACAUUUUUAUUAUGCAUGAGGUAAUCACACGUUUUUAAAAAGCACCUCAAAUGUAUAACCAGUGUAGUGGAUUUAACAGAAAUGUACAGCAAGGGGAAUUUAUAGCUUUUUUUUUUUUUUUUUUUUUUGCCGGGGCGGGGCAAGUGAAGACAAUUACUUACUGUAUAUGAAAACUCAUUUUUCUUAGGGAAGGACACCAAAGCAUGUGAGACUGGUUCUGUGGCCUCUUUGGAUCUGUAAGUUAACCAUAUCACCAUAGACAUACUAACCAGCAGGAAUGCCUUACCCUCGUGUUUUUAAUUCUUAGAUCAUUCUGUGUAUUACUAAGUUUUUAUGGCUUUUGUGCACAUCUAGAUACUGUAUCAUGAAAAGAUUGAGUGAAUUGUGGAUUUGGUGGUUUCAGAAAUGUGUAAUCACCCAGAAGAAAAUAAUGGUGUGGUUUGGGGUGGGGUUUUUUUUGUUUUGUUUGUUUGGCAAGGGGCAGUGGUUGUUUUCUCUCUCCUUUGUUUUUUUUUUUUGGCUAUGCAUUUAAAAACUUUUGAUGUUUUAAGGAUGCUUGUACAUAAGGCGUGCAUUCCACUUUGUUCUUGGUUUGUAAAUUAACUUUUAUAAACUUUACCUUUUUUAUACAUAAACAAAACCAAGUUUCUUAAGGCUACCUUUGUAUUCUCUCCUGUACCUCUUGAGCCUUGAACUUUGACCUCUGCAGCAAUAAAGCAGCAUUUCUAUGACACACACAAGGUCAGUUUUUUAAGAAAAAGAAUGCACAGAGUUGUUACAUUUUUAAAUGCUGCAUUCAGAAGAUACAGUUACUCAGAAUUCUCUAGUUUGAAUAAAUUCUUGCGAAGUAUCCCUAUUGUAAUUUGUGAUAUGAUGCUGUGCCCUAAAGUGUAUUUUUUUACUAAUAGACAAUUUAUUACGGCACAUCAGCACAAUUUCUGUUUAGAUAAUACACCACUACAUUCUGUUAAUCAAUCAAUAGGUGUGACUGAAUUUCUUUUGCAGUUAUUAAA